AUUGACGGUGGGAGAUGAGGUUUUGAAUGUCAGUGGUCACAGCCAACGGGUUGUGUAGCACUUAGGUCUGAAAGGAAGCAUAGAAUGUCCCGCAAUCAAACAACAGUAGUAGCACAUAGCGCGCCAUGAUUCUCAUAUUCCCAUGGCCAUUACUCUAUCCAUGAGAAGCAACGUCAAAGGCAACGCCAAUAGUGGCCUGUUAUCUCGCCUCAAAGUUCUAAUUAACAGAUUCGACCACACGUUGGCUAAAGACGGAUUGGAAGUUCCACUCUACCCAGAAACCGCUUCUCAUUCAGUGGCUCAACAAGGCUAUGUUGAUAUGUCGAAAUGGAGAAAGGUAAAUUCGAAGAUAUUGGGAAUAACCAAUUCGAAGAUUUCGCUACCCACUUGGAGUGUGUUGAACAUUCUUAAGAGUAAAGGGUUUGAAACCUAUCUAGUGGGAGGAUGUGUGAGAGAUUUACUCCUAAAUAGAACACCAAAAGAUUUUGACGUGAUCACCACAGCUAAACUUAAGCAGAUCAAGAAGCAGUUUCAUCGAUCUUAUAUUGUUGGACAACGAUUUCCUAUAUGCAUGGUACACAUAAAAGGGACUGUAAUUGAGGUAUCCAGUUUUGAUACAGUGGCAAAACAUGAUGAAGAGAAAGAAAAAUUGCUUUCCUUGCAAAUGCCAGAAGACGGUAAUGAAAAAGACUUCAUCCGCUGGAGAAACUCCAUGUGUCGAGACUUCACUAUUAACAGCUUAUUCUUUGACCCAUUUGCCAAAAAAAUCUAUGAUUACGCUAAUGGAAUGGUGGACUUAAGUUCCUUGAAGCUGCGAACGUUGAUCCCUGCUCAAUUGUCAUUCAGAGAGGAUUGUGCAAGAAUUUUGCGUGGCUUAAGAAUUGCUGCUCGUUUGGGCUUGUCAUUAUCAAAGGACACUGAGACCGCAAUUCUUGAUCUUUCUUCAUCUGUUCAGAGUUUAGGCAAGUCAAGGAUAAUGAUGGAGUUGAACUAUAUGUUUUCUUAUGGAGCCGCUGAACCUUCUCUCUGCUUGCUUCAGAGAUUUAAUCUGCUUGAAAUUCUUCUUCCAUUUCAUGCAGCAUACCUUCAGGAGGCUAAGCAAUCUUCUAAGCGUCCAAUUAUGUUGAUGAAGCUUUUCUCACAUUUGGAUAAUUUAGUUUCUUGUGAUCGACCUUCUGACUGCAGCCUGUGGGUUGGACUGUUGGCUUUUCACUUGGCAUUAGUAAAUAACCCUCAAGAAGCUAUCGUGAUUUGGGCAUUUGCUUCUGCUCUGUACCAUGGAAACUGGGAGGAAGGUGUCAAAUUUGCUAAAGAACAUGCUGAAAUGCAUGUUGAUUUUGUACCUGAGAUCUUGGGGUCCUCUAACAUUAAAUCGGAUGAAGAACUUGCUAAAGAAGUAACUUUGUUAGCAUCUUUGGUCCAAGAUUCCAUGUCUACUUUGGCUGAGACAGAAAGUCUUUUCAAAGCAAUGUCCAGAUACCCAUUUUCUCCAUGCUCUGGUUUUGUAUUUAUUCCGAACAAAGUGGAGAAACAUGUUUUGGAAAUUUUCCAAGUGCUCGUGGAUGAUAUUGAGUCCUACAAUAAUGGAAGAGAGUUUUUUGAGAUUGAUUACCACUUGCUUGGGAAGGGAAAUCUGCAUGAGGCAAGAUUUGUUCUCGGCAAGAUUAUUUUGGAAACUGUGAGUGGUGAAGUUGUUAAUGAAGAGAGGAAGGUUGUCAAGGAGGGGAGAACUGAGGUGCAGCCAGAUAUCUCUGAGGAGAAUUGUGAUCUGGAGCUUUCAGAUCUCGUGAAGGUUGCAUUCAAGGAUAGAAAUUGUAAACUCAGCCUAUCAACAUCUGAUCCUGAAGUAAAGCAAACAGUGGUGAAGAAACAGAAGUUGGUGGAGAAACUCAGUCGUCCUGAGCAGUUGGGGGCUACAAUGAAUUCAGGGGUGGUUGAGAAAGUGAAUUUCCAUAAGAUGGCUAAGAAACACAACAAAAUAAUUGAGACGUGUUGGUUACCCCAGGAAGAAACAAAGAUGAUACAAGGCAUAAUGUUGGAGAAGGAAAAGUAUCAUCUACAAGAGCAGCAGGUUACUUUGGAAAUGCAAGAGGGUGUUGAGAAUGAUAAGUACAAGAAUAAUGAGAGGCAUUUGAAGACAUUAGAGAAGGUGAAGCGUCGGUUAUCACAAGAUGAGGUAACUAAGAAGCAUGUGAAAAAUGUAGUUGAUGAGUGUAGUUCCAUUCGGGAGGCAAAGCUUAAGCAUAGAAAGGUGUUAGAGAAGAAAGAGUUACCUUUCUCACACCAAGAGGUUGUCAGGGAGAAACAUGAUAAAGAACUAGUUAAGGAGAAAGGCAGUCGACCUCUACUGUCAAGCCUUUUCAAGUGAAUCGUCAUUGUAUGUUGUAAAAUCACUUGCCAGUGUGGGACAGCAUCACCAAAGUUAUAAUUGACAGGCAUGAGGCAUUCUUUUACCUCUCUCUAUGAUUUCUUUGCAGGUGUACAUUAGAAUCAUUAGAGCUGAUAGAAGUAUGGUCUUAUUUACUAAAGGUUAUACUCAUUGUAAGAUUAUGCUCAUUUUUUUAAUCGGAUUAGUAAUCAAUUUUGAUUUCUUGA